AUGUAUCGGAAGUUGUCUAAGUUAGAACACUCAGAAAUAAAACAACUUCUUACAGAAGCUAAUAUAGAUGUUGCAAAGCAUUACGCAACAAACAAAAAAGCACUCGCUGACUUCAUUAAAGACUAUAAUGGUGCAAUAAGUUAUGAUAGAAUUCAUGAGUUCAUAAAGCCGCAACGCGGCGAGGACGAAGUCCAUGCAAGAGCAUUUCCUUUAAAUGACAUUGCUAUUGACUUAUAUCAUAGACGUUCAGUACCUCAUGAAGUAAGAAGAGAAAUGUUUGACAUAACAAAUGCAAACGUUGGUGAAACAAGAAGAAGAGACGACACACUGAAAC